GUUGAUGUGUACGGAAGUUGUGUUUUGUCCCAUCGAACGGCUAAAAGGAAUCCAGAACCCAGAACCCAGAGAAAGCCAAAUGGCGGCCACCAAGUACGACAGCUUCGAGAAGAUAUGGUCUGGGCCAAAGGACAAGGAGUAUUACGGUCCGGAUAUGAGCCUGGGCGAAGUGGCACUGAUCAUCCUGCGUCUCUACUCGGACAAGGUGAUGCAGGUGUAUGAUCCCACGGGCGAGGAGCUCACUGGUGGUCAGUUGCUGGAGCAGAGUCGUCGGUUGGCCCACGCCUUUCAACGAUUGAAGCUGCAACGCGGCGAUGUGGUCGGCAUUUCGGCCAAGAACAGCACGUAUCUUACUGAAGUGGUCAUCGCGGCCCUGCUGAAUGGAACACCCAUCAACCCACUGCAUCCGGACUUUGAUGCCGAAACCACGGCCUACAUGUUCGAGAUCACCAAGCCCAAGGUGAUCUUCUGCGACCUGGACAACUACCAGACCUUGAGCGCGGUCAAAAGCAGCAUCAAGUUCAAGACGGAGAUUAUCCUGCUCACUGGAACUCUGCCCGGAGUGCGUAACAUUCAGGAUCUGCUCGCAGAUGGCUGCACUGGAUACGAUGAGAAAACCCUCUUUGCCUGCCCGCAUUUGAGUGGCGAUGAUACGGCCUUCAUCAUAACCUCCUCCGGUGUAACCGGUUUGCCAAAGGGCGUAACCCGUUCGCAUCGCAGUUUGCUGAACAGUGCCAAAAUCCCCCAGCUCUUCACCUCGGAUACAGUUCUGUUCUGCAUCAGUCCGCUCUAUUGGAUCAGCUGCAUCUUCACCCUGCUGGCUUCGCUGGUCAAUGGAUGUCGCAGGAUCAUCACCAAUCGUCCUUUCAGCGUGGAGUACGUUGCAGACCUCGUGGAACGGCACCAGGUCAGCUUCGUGCUCACAGUGCCCCACCAGAUGGCUCUGCUGGCCAAGAGCCCGGAGAGACAGGAGCUGGCAGCCAAGAUGCAGUCCGUCCAGUCCUUCGUGUGCAGUGGCUCAAAGGUUCCGCUGGGCAUCUGGCGGCAAUUGUACGAGCUACUGGGUGCGAACAGAUUUUCCGUGCUCUACGGUCUCACCGAGAUCGGAGGAAUCUCCAAGAACGUGGGAGGUCCACUGGGCAGUGAGGGCAAGCUGCUGCGAAAUGUCCAGGUGCGUCUGGUGGACCCACACGGUCAGUCCUUGGGCCCCAACCAGACGGGCCAGAUCCUGGUGAGGCUCAACCUUCGCUGGGGCGGCUACUAUCACAAUCCGCAGGAGACCCAGGUGUCCGUCACGCCUGAUGGAAAGUGGCUGCUCACCGGCGAUCAUGGAUACUUUGACGAUGAGGGAUGCCUGCACUACCAGUCCCGGGACACCGAUGUCUUCAAGUACAAUCACUUUCCCAUUUAUCCUAAGCAGAUCGAGGACGUUAUCCUCCAUCUGCCCGGAGUCCACGAAGUGGCUGUCUUCGGAAUACCCGACGAGGUGUCCACCAAUCUCACUGCCUGCGCCGUGGUCCGGGAUGAGAACGAGCUGGGUGCUCAGCUCACCGAGGCGGAUGUCAAGGAAGUUGUGGCCCAACAUCUGAGCGAUGCCUUCCACAUUCGCGGAGGAGUCUUCUUUGUGGACACUCUGCCAAAGACGCAGAACAGUAAGGUGCAGCGCAGGAAAAUCUGGUCGCAGUUGAGUGAGGCAACCACGCAUCUGUGAGAUAAGAUUCUUGUAAACUUGCUUGUGUUUCAUAAAUAUAAACACAGUGAAUCACCAGAAGAACUGUCAAUAAAAUUAAAAAGUUUCCAUGUU